GGGAGUUUGUGUAUAAUUUUCUGUUAAUAAUUAACCUUCGUCACUGGUAUUUGUAACAUGGCCGCUGGAGGCUCUUUGUCACGGCUCGUAUAUCCUGCGUGCGCUUUUGUCAGUAAAUAACAGUUUGUAUUUGGAAGGGAGGGGAGCAGUUUGUCUUCUUUCACUUUCGGCUGCAGCCGCGGCAGUGAGCGGGGGAGAGGACGGCGAUGGCCAGCGUCUCGCUGGCCCGGGACACUCUGUGCUGCCCAAUCUGCCUGGAGCUGCUGAGCGAGCCGGUAACGGUGCCGUGCGGCCACAGCUUCUGCCGGGCGUGCAUUGGCCGCCACUGGGAGGUGCAACAGCGAGGCGCCGGCGGCUGCAGCUGCCCGAGCUGCCGGCGCAGUUUCGAACCGCGACCCUGGCUCGGCACCAGCACGCUGCUGGCCCAGAUCGUGCGCUCCCUGGCGCAGGCUUCGCCACCGGCCGCCGGGCCCGGGGACGUUCCGUGCGACUCGUGCCCGCGCCAGCAGCCGCUGAAGGCAGAGCGCUCCUGUCUGCAGUGCCAGGCCUCCUUUUGCCACAGUCACCUGCAGCCGCACCGCCAGAGCCCGGCUUUCCGCCACCACCGCCUGGCACUGCCGCUCCGUGACCUGAGCCUGCGCCGCUGCCCCACGCACGGCAAACCGCUGGAGAGCUAUUGCCGCACCGAGGGCCGCUGCGUGUGCUGGGUGUGCGCCCUGCAGGAGCACCGGGAGCACCAGGUCAGCACUGUGGAGGAGGAGGCGGCUCGCAGGCAGAAGCUGAUCAUGCAGCGGAAGAGGGAACUGGAGGAACACUUACAAAGCACGGCCAACGAGAUUGGAAAGUGGAUUGAGAACAUUGACUGUAUCAAGGAGUCCACUCAGCGGGUGAAGGGCGACACCCUGGCCAAGUUCGGCGAGGUUUUUUGUGCCGUGGAGGCGGCGCAGAGGGAGGUAGUGGGCCUUAUCGAGCGCGAGCGGCAGGCCGAGCUGAUCCGGGCUGAGUGCGCGCGGAAGAAGCUGGAGCGGAAGUGGACUGAGCUGAGACAGGAGAAGGUGCGGCUGGAGGCUCUGUCCCAGAUCGACGACAGCAUCGCCAUCUCGCAGGAGUAUCUGGAUUUUAAUGAGAUUGCAGAGAAUCCUGCCACACCACCUUUAACGACCAAUCUGGACAGUAAACUCAUCAAGGUGGAGAGAGCCGUGUCCAGACUCUCCGCUCUGAUCAAGGAUCACGUCCAGACCACUUGGGCAAAGAACCUGGAGAACAUUAACUCAACAGAUAUGGAGGAAAGCAGUCUGAACCCAUCGGUGAGUGCAGCCGUCCACGAAAAUCCAAUGCUUCCCGAAAUGCGGAGUCGGGAGGAACUCCUGCAGCAUCGCUGCCAGCUUUCACUGGACCACAAAACAGUGCAGAAGGAGCUGUGCCUGAGUGACAGCAACCAGCGGGUGACCAACAUCUACCCGCGGUCGGAGGAGUACGAAUCCUGCCCUGAGAGGUUCGACGUGUGCUCCCAGGUGCUGUGCUGCGAGCCCCUGAGCAUCGGCCAGUUCUACUGGGAGGUGGAGCUGAACGACGGUGACGCUAUGAUCGGGGUCACCCACGCCCGGAUCCGCCGCAAGGGCUCGGACAAUUGCUGCAUCCUGGGCCGCAACCCCUACUCCUGGUGUGUGGAGUUCUGGUACAACAACGUCUCGGCCUGGCAUGACAACGAGGAGACGAGGCUGCAGGUGGGGAGGUAUGGGCGGAUUGGGGUGUGCCUGAACUGCCCGGCGGGCAUCCUCACCUUCUAUGGAGUGGCUGAGCAGAUUGCCCUCAUCCACCAGUUCCACGCCUCCUUCACUGAACCCAUGCACCCGGCCUUCUGGGUCUACUGUGAUACCACACUCAGCAUCUCCCAGUGCCCCUGAACUCUGACCCCCCCCCAAACCAGGGGGCCUUUUGCGGUGGAGCACUUUCUGAAGGACAAACACGGCAGCCAGCUGACUCUCCUUCUCCUGCAAUCUGUGGUAUGAGAAUCUGGUGCAGGUGCUACAAGGACGCCUCUGCUAUCCCGGGGUUUUCCUCAUUUCAUCUUCAACAGUGGCAGUAAAGACGGACAAUGCUGUAAAUUCUCAGCAGGUCAAGCAGCAUCUCCAGCGAGGGAAGCCAGGUUAGGUCGCUGAGAGGACUGGGGAGAGAUGGAUAGGAUGAAAUGAAUAUCUCCAAUAGGAUGGGUUAAUGUGGCAUUUAGAAGUAGAUUACUUUUACAAAUGUGUUAAAGUGUUCCUUGUGGAACUGUAGUAGGGCGUGCCCAAUAGGUCAGACGAUACUAGGAGAGAGAGCACAAUAGAUGGUGUAGAUGCUGAAAGGGGCAGUUCUGAUAUAGGGAGAGUGAGAGCAAGUUGGAAAAUCCGACAUUGAGCCCGAAGGCUGUACCAGGCCCAGACGGAGGAUGAUAGACUUUUCUACAUACGAGGGGCCAUUCUGCAUCUUUGUGCUGGGCCUUACCGUGUCAGUGCAGAAAGUAACUGAUUUCUGGCACAUUUUAUUGCCCUCUGUUGCUGAAACUUUGCUGAGGCUUAGAGGCGAAGACACUGGAGGUGAUGUUGGGUUUUCCUCCUUGAAUCUGGAUCAGGUUUAUUCCCACUGACUCGUAUGUUUUGAAGUCAGUUGUUGUGCUGCAGCCGUACAGUGCAAAGACACAGAAUGACUGUGAACUACCAAAUAAACGAUGUAACAAAUAACCAUAAGACCAUAAGACAAAGGAGCAGAAGUCGGCCAUCUGGCCCAUCGAGUCGCUCUGACAUUUUAUCAUGAGCUGAUCCAUUCUCCCAUUUAGUCCCACUCCCCCGCCUUCUCACCAUAACCUUUGAUGCCCUGGCUACUUAGAUACCUAUCAAUCUCUGCCUUAAAUACACCCAAUGACUUGGCCUCCACUGCCACCCGUGGCAACAAAUUCCAUAAAUUCACCACCCUCUGACUAAAAAAAUUUCUUCGCAUCUCUGUUCUGAAUGGGCACCCUUCAAACCUUAAGUCAUGCCCUUUCGUACUAGACUCCCCCAUCAUGGGAAACAACUUUGCCACAUCCACUCUGUCCAUGCCUUUCAACAUUCGAAAUGUUUCUAUGAGGUCCCCCCUCAUUCUUCUAAACUCCAAGGAAUACAGUCCAAGAGCGGACAAACGUUCCUCAUAUGUUAACCCUCUCAUUCCCGGAAUCAUUUUAGUGAAUCUUCUCUGUACCCUCUCCAAUGUCAGCACAUCCUUUCUUAAAUAAGGAGACCAAAACUGCCAAGUGAGGUCUCACCAGUGCCUUACAGAGCCUCAACCAGGUAGUAUUGGUGGGUUUAUUAACCUGUCAGAAAUUUGAUGGCAGAAGGUCGUAGUCAGAGAUUCAUAAAAGCAUGCCCUUUGGGCUGGGUACCUUUGAUGUACCCAGUCCUAUCGACCUGCACCUGCCUCCUAGCCCUCUAUACCCACCCAUGUACUUCUGCCAUAUACUUCUCUUAAAUGUUGAAAUUGAAGCCACAUUCACCACUUCUGCUGUCAGCUUGUUCCACACUCACCAGCUUCUGAGUGAAGUUGCUGCACUUGGCUGCCCCCGGUAGUAGAUGUUCGCCUCUCCGACUGGAGGCCUGUGACUUUUUGCAGUGCCGCAGGGAUUGGUGCUGGGUCUGUUGUUUGCCGUCUCUAUCAGCAACUCAGUUGAUGAUGUGGUUAUCUGGAUCAGCAAAUUUGCAGAUGACACCAAGAUUGCGGAUGUAGCGGGCAGUGAGGAAGACUGCCAUGGCUUGCAGGGGGAUCUGGAUCAGCUGGGAAAACUGGGAUGAAAAAUGGUAGAGGGAAUUUAAUGCAGAUAAGUGUGUGGUGUUGCACUUAGGCAGGACCAACAAGAGUAGGUCUUGCACAGUGAAUGGUAGGGCACUGAGGAGUGAGGUAGAACAAAUAGGAAUACAGAUCCAUAAUUCAUCGAAAGUGGCAUCAUAGGUAGAUAUGUUGGUAAAGAAAGCUUUUGGCACAUUGGCCUUCAUAAAUCAAUGCAUUAAGUAUAGAUAGGAUAUUAUGUUGAAAUUGUUUAAAACAUUGAUGAGGCUAAGUUUGGAGUAUUGUAUGCAGUCAUUGGUCACCAACUUACAGGAAAGAUGUAAUCAAGGUUGAAAGAAUACUGUGAAAAUUUACAUGAAUGUUGCUGGGUCUGGAGUACCUGAGAUAUAAGGAAGGACUGAAUAGGUUGGGACAGUGUUCCUAUGAGAGCAGGAAAGUGAGAGGAGAUUUGAUAGAGGUAUGCAAAAUUAUGAGGGGUAAAGAUAGGGUAAUUGCAAGUAGGCUUUUUCCACUGAGGUUGGGUGGGACUACCAUUAGAGGUCAUAUAACCAUGUAGCCAUAUAACCAUAUAACAAUUACAGCACGGAAACAGGCCAUCUCGGUCCUUCUAGUCCGUGCUGAACUCUUACUCUCACCUAGUCCCACCGACUUGCACUCAGCCCAUAACCCUCCAUUCCUUUCCUGUCCAUAUAUCUAUCCAAUUUAACUUUAAAUGACAACAUCGAACCUGCCUCAACCACUUCUGCUGGAAGCUCGUUCCACACAGCUACCACUCUCUGAGUAAAGAAGAUCCCCCUUGUGUUACCCCUAAACUUUUGCCCCUUAAAUCUCAACUCGUGUCCUCUUAUUUGAAUCUCCCCUACUCUCAAUGGAAAUGGGUUAAGGGUGAAAAGUUUAAGGGCAACAUGAGGGGAAACUUCUUCACUCAGAGGGUAAUUAAAGUGUGGAAUAAGCUGCUGACAUAGUGGGGUACAUGCAAGCUUGAUUUUCAAUGUUUAAGUGACAUUUGGAUAGUUACAAAGAUGGGAGGGGUACGAAGAGCUCUGGUCCCAGUGCAAAUUGAUGGGAAUAAGCAGUUUAAGUGGUUAGGCAUGGACUAGAUGGGUCGAAGGGCCUUUUUCUGUGCUCUACUUUUCUAUCACUGUAAACAUUUCAUCUUUCAUCCUUAACCUAUGACAUCUAGUUCUAGUUUCACCGAAUCUCAGUGGAAAAAGCCUACUUGCAUUUACCCUUUAUAAUUUUGUGUACCUCUAUCAAAUCUCCCCUCAUUCUCCUACGCCCCAGGGAAUAAAGUCUGAACCUGUUCAACCUUUCCCAAAACGGUGCCCUGUUAGGAGAAGAAGCUGCUUGUAGAAUGUUGGGUCUAAUCUCCUCUAUGUCCUCUCUACUGGUCGCCCUGGAAAGGGAGCAUGGCUUGGGUGGUGAGGGCACUUGGUGAUGUCUGUCCACACGCUCCGUGAUUAUCACUGUGCACUAGUUUUGAAUAUUUACUAUUGGACCAUGGAGACAGCUCAGCCUUGUCCCAACCAAACAUUUCUUCUGGACUCCAUGGUUCUGCAGUUAUUUCUCUGACACUGGUUGAUCUCUUUCCAGUUCCCUGUCCUUAUCUGGUUCACCCUCACUCGUAUAGCGUUAUGGUCUUAAGGAAUGGUAUACAAUGUCUUGAUACUUCCAUCCCCCGCUGGGAAGACCCAAGGGACUGUACUUGAGUUCAUGAGGCAAGUUGGGCUUCUUUGUCUUCCUUGAAAAGAGACCCAAUCAGUUCCUCUGCACUCGCACAACCCAUGGGUGAACUUGUUCUCACAGUCGUGGAGCUGUACAGCACAGAAAGAAGCCCUUUGGCCCAUCUGGUCUGUGCUGAACUGUUAUUUUGCCUCAUCCCAUUGACCUGCGUCUGAUCCAUAGCCGUUCAUACCUCUCCCAUCCAGGUACCUUCCCAGCUUCUCUUUAAUGCUUCAAUCCAGAAGCAUCCACUGUUUCUGCUGGCUGCUCGUUCCACACUCACACCACCCUGUGAGUGAAGAACUUUCCCCCCAGGUUCCUCUUAAAUAUUUCACCUUUCAGCCUUGCCCAUGACCUCUAUUUGUAGUCCCACCCAACCUCCAUAUAAAAAGCCUGCUUGCAUUUACCCUAUCUAUACCUCUCAGAGCUUUGUAUACCACGGUCAAAUAUCCCCUCAAGCUUCUACAUUUCAAGCAGUAAAGUUGAACGAUUCAAUAUUCCCUUGUAACUCAGGUUUUCCACAGCCACAACAUCGCUGUCAUUCUCAGUACUCCUUCAGUCCGAUGUGUAGGGCAUGUCACCUUCUUCACUCAGGGCUCUGGUCCAGGUGCAGGUUGAUGGGACCAGGCAGAGUUAAUCAGCACGGAGUAGAUAGGCUGAAGGGCCUGUUUCUGUUCGGAAGUGUUCUGUGACUCUCUGUUCCAUAUUCUUGCUAGUGUCAACAUGCACCAUAGACACGACAGCAAAAAACUGCCCCAACCAGCUGGUGAUAUUAUCUAGCCUCACCCUAUUGGAGAUAUUCCAUGUAUUCAGCCCCACUCAAUCCCAGUUCUCCUCCACUCAAAAUUAGCUUGUGUUCUUGGAGGCACAGGAGACUGUUGAUCAUAAGAUAUAGGAGCAGGUUUUAGGCAAUUUGGCCUGCUAAAUCUUCCCCACCAUUCUAUCAUGGCUGCUUUAUUAACCCUCCUAACCCCAUUCUCCUGCCCUCUCCCCAUAACCUUUGAUGCUCUAACUAAUCAAGACCCUAUCAACCUCAGUUUUAAAUAUACCCAAUCAGUUUCUCUCUACAACUCCUAUGGCAAUUGGUGGGAGGGCAGGGAGAAGAAAUAACCUGAAGUUAGAGAAAAAGAGAUGUUUAAGCCAUCAGGUUGGAGACUCCGAGAGUGGCCUCACUGUAGCAGUGAGGGAUGCCAUGGACCGAUAUAUCAGAUUGAGAAUGGCAAGUAACUCUGGCAAAAGAAACUCCUCCACACCUCUGUUCUAAAGGGAUGUUCUUCUAUUCUGCAACUGUGGCCUCGAGGACUAUAGACUCCCCCACUGUAGGAAAUACCCUUGCCACAUACACUCUGUCUAGUCCAUUCAGCAGGUUUCAAUUAGAUCACCUUCAUUCUUCUAAACUCCAGCAAUUAGAGAUCCAGAGCCAUCCAAUAGUCCUCAUACAUUAACCCUUUCAUUUCUGGAAUACAUCUUGUGAACUUCUGCUAUCCAAUGCCAGUACAUCUUUUCUGAUAUAAGGGCCCAAAACUACUCUCAAUAUUCUGAGUCCAGUCUGACCAGUGCCUUAUACAGCCUCACCAUUACAUCCCUGCUUUUGUGUUCUAGUCCUCUUGAAAUGAAGGCUAAAAUUACAUUUGUUCUCCUUACUACCAACGCAACUUGCAAGUUAAACUUUAGCGAAUCCUACACAAGGACUGCCAAAUUCUUUUGCACCUCUGAUUUUUGAAUUUUCUCUCUUCCCCCCCUCCCCCAGCCAUUUAGGACAGCGUCUACACCUUUAUUCCAUCUUCCAAAAUGGAUGACUAUAUACUUCCAUCCACUGUAUUCCAUCUGCCACUUCUUUAGUCCAUUAUCCCAAUCUUUCUUAAGUCCUAAACUGUUCUGCAUUGUCCCUGCUUCCUCAACACGACCUGCCCCUCUCUUUGCGAUGUCCGCAAACAUGGCCAAAAAGCCUUCAAUUCUGUCAGACAGAUCAUUGAUGUACAACAUGAAAGGAAGUGGUCCCUGUGGAACACCACUGGCAGCUGUAUUAGCAUGGGAUCUUGUUUAGCACCCUCAUAUAUGUCACCUUGUCAGAUUUUCUGAAAAUCCAAGUAAACAACAUCCACUGACUCUCCUUUGUCUAUCCUGCUGGGUUAUUUCCUCAAAGAAUUCCAACAGGUUUGUCAGGUAAGAUUUCCCCUUUAGGACAUGUUCUGACUUUGGCAUAUUUUAUCAUGUGCUUCCAAGUACCUCAAAACUUCAUCCUUAAUAAUGGACUGCAACAUCUUCCCAACCACUGAAGUCAUGCUAACUGAUGCUUUGACAAAGGCCUUCUGUCUCUGGGAUUAACUCAGCUUCUCUCUCUGUAGAUGCUGGUUAACCUGCUGAUUCUUUUCAACCUACUCAGUUUUAUGUCAGGUUUUAGUCAUCUGCAGUUUUUUAUUGAGCACCUAUUGAAGUUGUAUCCAGAAUAUUCAGUAUUUAUUGAUGUAGCUACAUUUCAAUAAUAGCAAGGUUAUUCUCUGCGCUGAUUUUGAUAUUCCAGAACUGCAUACCGCAGAGGUGUCACUAUGUAUUGGAGUACUUGUGUCAGUGUGCACUGCUGGAGAACUGAAUAAAUUUGAAUGUGUA